CACUGUGUACUCCAUGGAAUAAGACAAAUUAGAGUCUAAUCCAUUUCUUUAUUCUUUAUUGAUUAUUAUUCUUCUCUAAUAAUGCAAUCAGAUAAAGGUUCAAGAAUAAGAAUCCAUUUUUGAAGUUUUGAGCUCUGUUUCCUCUUUCCUCAGAGCAAAGGAAAAAAAAUAAAAAAAAUGUGCUCGUUAGAGAAGCGAGGAAAUAUCUUCAUCCUAACCCUGACUGGGUCGGGCGAGCACAGGCUGAACCCGACCCUUCUCGAUGAAAUCCAAUGGGCCAUAAGCCAAGUCCGAUCUCAGUCUUCCACAUCUUCGGUCCUCAUCACCACCGCACAUGGCAAAUUCUUCUCCAACGGCUACGAUCUCCCCUGGGCCCACCAAUCCUCCUCCCAAUUUCUCUUCCGUAUGAUUCUCAUGGACUCCAAACUCAGAUCCGUCGUCGCCGACCUCAUCUCCCUCCCCGUUCCGACCAUUGCCGCCGUCUCCGGCCACGCCUCAGCCGCCGGAUUCAUCUUCGCUCUGAGCCAUGACUACGUUCUCAUGAAAAGGGACAGAGGCUUUCUCUACAUGAGCGAGCUCGAUCUGAAGCUUAAGCUUUCUAUUCCGGCUUGGUUUAUGGCUCUGAUUAGGUGUAAGAUCGGACCACCGAUGAGCCGCCGCGAUGUGGUGCUGAGAGCUGAUAAGGUCACGGCUGAUGAGGCUGUGAAGAAGGGGAUUAUUGACUCGGCGUAUGAUAGUGCAGAGGAGACGCUUGAGGCUGCCGUUGACCUGGCUGAGAAAUUGGUCGCGAGGAAGUGGAAUGGUGACGUGUACGCUGAGAUUCGGAUGGAUUUGUUGUCGGAUGUAUUGGAUGAGAUUAGGCUGAGCUUUACUGGAUCACGACUCUAGCUGUUUGUUGCGUGAUUGACUGUGGAAAUGUAGUCUUGAGUCGACGGUUUAGAGUUUAGACGGCAACAAUGGAUAAAAGUUUAUAAUAUGAAAAAUUAUACCUGGUCAUUUUUAUGUCAUAUAUGAAAAAAGAUAUAUUAACCUUUGUCAAUUGAAUAAAAAAAGAAAAGAUAUAUUAAUAUUUU